AUGGUGGACCUGGCGAGCCCGGUAGCGGGCGGUGUGUCUGUGCCCGCGGGCAGGCAGGAGGAUGCUUCGCUCGCGGCGCUGGUCGGCAAGCUGCGCCACAGCCUCCCGUCCGUGAGGGCGCGUGCGCUGCAGAACCUGCACUUCAAGCUGUCCCGCGGCCUCGUGCAGCCGGGAGAGAUCGCGCACGACCGCCGAGCCUCAGAGGCCCUCGUCGGCAUCAUCUCAAGCGAGGACGCGCCGUACCAGGACCUCGCAGCGGCCGUCGGCAUCGCCACUUCGCUGUCCGCCCACCCAGCAGGAGCCUCGCAGCUGCUGCACACCGGGGUGCUCGUGGCCGUGGACGACGUGCGCAAACGCCUGACCUCCUCGUCGGCCCCCACCGGCGAUGCUCCGGCCCUGCUCGAACGCGUCGAGGCCCUCGCCGCGCGCGUGCCCGCCGGGGCUGUGGCGGGCGGCACCGGCCUCGCGGAACCGUCGGCCGACGCGGCGCGGAAGCCGGCGCGGGCCGGGCACAAGAGCUGCGGCACGGACUGCCCGGCGUCGGGCCGCGAGGUGCUGCGCGCUCUCGCCCGCCAAGACCCGAAGCUCCAGGCGUCGCUGGCGUCGGUGCUCAAGGCCGAGAGGGACCUGCAGCCGCCCGGGCCGCCGGUCGUGGAGGAGGGCGGCUGGCGGCUCGCGCGCGCGCCGCUCUCCGCGGGCGACGAGGCGCGUCUGACGGACGCCGGUCUGCAGGUGGAACACUCGGGAGACCCCCGGACCCUCGCCGCUGCGCUCGACGGCCUGAGCCGGACCGUCGCGGCGGACGUUCCCGCGGAGUGCAUCCUCGCGCACGGCGGGAUCGUGCCGUCGGUGCUGAAGCUGCUCGGCGGAGGCAGGGGCGCGGCAGGGAGGGGGGGGUUUGGCGGCCACGGGUGUGGCCCGCCGCCGCUCCUGCGAGCCGCCGCGGGCUUCCUCGAGACGAUGGCGCGGGGCCUGAAGCGGUCGCUGGUCGCGGCGGGCGACCCCGGCCUGCGCUGCUGCCCGCCGGGCGCCCCGGGGGGGUCUAUUGACCCCACGUCAGCCCCGGCGGCCGCGUGGAUGCUCCCGUGCUCCCCGGCCACCGUCACCACGGGCGCCGCGGACCCCACCAGCGUCCUCUGCGUCACGACGCCCGUCCACGCGAUGGCGCUCGCGCUCGUACCCGCGCUCGCCGACCCGGACGUGUUCAGUGCCGCCAUGAGCGCGCUGCGCGACAUGCUGCCGCUGCUGGCCCCGCCGCGGCCGGACCGCCCCCCGAAGUACCUCGCCCGCCGCCUGCGCGAGCUCCUCGUCGCGCUGGAUGCCGCGGCGGCGACGAUCGCGGCACGGGAGCUGCCGAAGAGCACGCCAGCGCCGCCAGCGCACCACUCGCGCGCCGCCGCGGCCUGCGUCGUGUUCGCGGCCGAGCUCGCCGCGACGUGCCCGGCGGAGGUCGUCCGCGCGGAGACGCCCGCGACGCUCGCUUCGCGGAUCGGUGCGCUGUGCCUCGACCAGGUCGCAGCGGCAGCGCUGACACCGGGGGUGUGCGCCGCGGUGCGGGCCGCGACGGAGGCCGCAUGCGCCGUCGAGACCGAGAUCCUGCGCGCCGCGCUCGCCGCCGAGGGGCCCGCGGGGCGCCUGGCGGACUCGGCGGCGUCGGUGGCGGCCACGUGUCGCCGCGGCGGGUCCCCCCUUGCAGCGCUGCGGCAGGUGCCAGAGCUGCUCCCGGCGGCGCACUACGCCGGGGACGAGAUCGAGAAGAUGGUGCACAUCUGGGUCGACGGGUGCGCCCUCGCGGCGUUCCAUGCGUCCACCGGCGACGUCGAGGAGGACCGACAGUCCCUUGGAGUCCAGGAGGCUGGUGCUGUGCUGGAGCUCAUGAUAGGUUGCCGCACGCGGGCGGUCCGCACCGCCGCGACCGUCCGCGUCGGCGCGCUGCUCGACGGGAGCGCCCGCGUGGCCGCCAGCGGCGACGCCGCGGCCGUCGGCGCGGCGCUGCUGCUCUCUGCCGCGCCCGCGGUGCGCACGGCGCUGCUGGCGUUCGCGGUGCCAGCGGGCGGCGCGUGCGGCCGUGCGGCCGCCGACGCGAUGCUGCGCGUCGCCGGUCCGCGCGGCGGCGAGCUGGCGCCGGCCCUGGUGCGCGGGCUUCACCACUGGCGGCCCUGGUUGCAAUGUCACCGCCAACACAAGGAAAUGGGGGCCUCGGUCCGGGCGCUGCUCGAGCUGGCGCCGGUGCGGAAGCCCCGCGCGGUGGCCGAGGCGUGGACGUGGCUGCGUGCGCCGCUGCGGGACCUGUUCGCGAGAGACGCCGCCACGCGCCGUGCGGCUGCGGCAACGAUCUGCGCGACGCUGCCCGCGGCGGAGGCGACCGCGGCGGCGGAGGGCGGCGGGAGCGACGCGGAGGACCCGCUCGGCCUGCUGCUGCGCGAGGCCGACCCGACGGGCCCGCCGGAGCCCGGGUCGGCCGCGGCGAUCAACGCGGAGCGCGCUGCGCGGCAAUUCGGCGAGGACGACGUUACGUCGCUGGAGGCGGUGCUGCUGUCGGACGGACUCGAGGCGGAGGUGCGACUGUCGGCGGGCCAUCAGCUGCUGCUGCUUGCGCGCGCGGGGCGGCUCGACGGGCGGCUGUGCGUGCGCUCGGCCCGCCCGGGUCCGAUGUUGCUCGGGUGCCUCCAGCUCGCACGCGCCGCCGCGGAGUGCAGCGCCGCGGUCGACCCGCGGCUUGGCGCUGUCGCUGCGGACAUCCUUGCGACCAGCGCGGCGUCGGGGCCCGCCGCCCGGAGCGCGAUUCUGAACGCGGCCAACGGCGGCGCGUGGGGCGCGGCGCUCGCGCCGAUGCUCUUCCACCCGCUGCUGUCCCUGCGGCGCCGAGCGGCGCGGCUUCUAGGCGCGCUCGCGUUCGCAGAGGACCCGGAAGCAGGCGCGCCUUGCCCGCGCCAGUACGUCAGUCGGUCGGGCCUGACAGCGCUGCGUGGGCGCGUCCCCGUGCCGCCCGGCUGCGCGGAGGCCUUCUACCUGCCGUUCCCGCACGCGCCGGUGCCGGUGCUCCCGGGCCUGUGGGUCGACAACGCGGAGAAGGCGCCGCAGGCGCUCGACGGCGACAAACACUCCCGCGUGCUGCGCGUGCUGUGGCAGCGACGGGCGCUGGCCGAGGCGUCCGGCGUCGACGGCCUGCUGCAGGCGCUCGAAGACGGUCCGGCGCCCGCGGGCCUCGGCGCCGCGGCAGCAGCCGCCGCGCUGGGCUCCCUCCGCGCCCUGAGUCCACGCCCCGCUGUCGGGGGCUACUUGUCCGACAUGGAGACCGCGGACGGGCACGCGGCGUUCCUCGACGCCGCCGCGGGGCUCGAAGCGCUCUGUGCCGGCGUGCCCGGUGCCGCGGCGUGCCUCGCGGGCGCGCCGUGGCCCCGCGCGCUGCACAAGUUUAUAUCGUCAGCGCCAGCGACGGCAGCAGACUGCCACGUGUACCUCGCAGCGACGCGCGUGGCGCGCACGGCGCUGAUGACGGGCGCGUGCGACGAGUCCGCGAUCAGCUUCGCGGCCCUCGCCCUGAAGGGCAGCGCGAAGGGGGUGCUGGGGGAGCCCAUCACCACGCCACGCGCGCCGCCGCUCGCGCUGCUCCGCGCAGGUCCCCCGGGCGACGGGCUCGAGUCCGCCCUCGACGCGGAGACCGAGCGCACGCUCCUACGGCUCCUGGUCGCGGAGGCCGCCAUCGCGCUCGCCGAUGCCGCGCUGUGGGCGGCGCGGCGCGCCCCGGGGGCGGACGGCUCGGCGGCAGCACGUGUCGUCGGGGUCGCGUCCGCGGGGGGCGAGAACGGGCUCCUCGGGCUCCUCUGCGGCAACUGGGCGGCUCGGCCGGGCUCCAACUACCCCUGCCGCGUCGCCGCUGCGCGGUGUGUCGGUCGCGCUGCGGACCUUGCGCGCGAGGCGUUGCGGCGCGGGGCGUCGCUGGAGCGCGAAGCGCAGGGACUGCUGCGUCAGCUGGCGGGGCUGAUCGUGCCUCUGGCGCGCGCGGUCUUCCUGCACAAGGGCGACGGAGCGACGGAGCCGCCGCGGCAGGCAGUGACGUCAGGCGGCGAACAGGACGGCGACGAGGACGCGGGCGCUCCGCUGGGAGGCGCGCUGACGGGGAGCGCGCUGGCGGACACGGCGCUGCGCGCGAUCGUGCUGCUGGUGUCCACGCUGCCGCGGGGGGAGUGGGGCGCCGCGUGGGGCAAGUCUGGGGGGGUCUAUUGGGCGUCGCGGCUCAUGCGGCACCGGUGCGGGGUGCGCCGCGCGCUCGCGGCGCGGCUGCUCGCGUCGCUGUCGUCGAACGACGCCGAGGAGUGCGCGGAGCUCCGGGCGGCAGUGCAGGCGUGCGUACCGGACCUGGUGCCCACCGCGUGUGCGGUCGUCACAUCGCAGUGCGAGGCGCCGGUUGUGCGGGCCGAGGCGCUGCGGCUGCUGUGCGUCGCGAUGUGGACGCCGACGGCCGGCGACGCGCCCGCGGACGGCGACGCGCCCGUGCGCGGGCCCUCUGGCCCUGCGCGCGUGCUCGGGCGCGACGCAGUGUGGGCGGCGCUGCUCGAGCUCACGCGCGAGCUGCACGCGCAGGCGCCGGCACUGCAGACCGCGGUGCUGCUUUUCCUGCGCGAGGCCGCGCUGGCGGAUGCGCUGCGUGUGCGGGCGUGGUUGGUGGAGCACCAUGUCUGGAAACGGGUCGUUGCGACGAUGGCGCGGGCCGGGCGGGGGCCGGGCGAGGGCGACGGCGAGCGUGCGGCGCACGAGGCGGCCGCGGACGCGCUCGCGCGGGUCGCCGGAGGGGACGCCGGUCUGACUGACGGAGUUGCGGCGGGGGUGUCUGGGCCGGAGACGUGGUGGGCUGUGGCGGGCGCCGGCGCGGGCCUGGUGCACGUGCUGUGCGGCGCGGGGAUGACGGACGAGCUGCGCGCCGUGGAAGGCCUGCAGGACGCGGUCGCGGCCGCGACUGCGGGCAUCGGGGAGGCGCUGUCGGGGGGGGGUUGUGCGGCGGAGGGCGAGCGCCGUGUCGCGCUCAGCAGCCUCGCAUCCUGCCUGCUCGGCAUGAACGCGCUCAUGCAGCAUGCGCGCGACGACGCCGACGUGCCGGAGGGCGUCGCAGCGGCCAUGCGGCAGGCCCUGGCCCUGGCGACGUGCGCGCCGCCUUCGCCGUCGCUUUCCGGCGGCAUUUCGGGCGAGCGCAGGCAGCUCGCGCGUCUCGCCGUCGCGGCGUCCUCGCUGUGCGCGACCGCCACGCGCUCCGAGGCGCUGGCGCGCUCGCUUCUGUCAGCGGACAGCAGCGCGGCGCAUGGGCACGCGAUCUGCCGCUGCCUGGUGGCGCUCCUCGCGUCGCUGAUGGAAGGCGGCGCCUAUGCAACGGCUGCGAGCGCGGCGUGCGGCGGCGAGGGUCCGCUGGAGGCCACGGUUCGCGCUCUCGGCAACGUGCUUGCGUGGGACGCGGGCGCCAAGACCGCCGCUUUGGAGACCGGGCUGCCCGAGACGCUUCUGGGAAUGGCACGGGACGCGCACGCGGGCAUGGUGCUGCAGGGUGCGCGAGCGGGCGCCGGGACCGCCGGCGCAGUCGGGAGCGAUCCGCGCGCGACGCUUGCGUUUGCGCGCGUGGGCCCCAAGGCGCGCGGCUCCAUCGACAGGCUCCGGAAGAAGGCCGGGAAGAUCGCGCCCGUGCUCAAGCGGCAAGCAGAUGGCGGAGCGGACGCCGAGGCGGACGGCAAGGCCUCGGAAGACGCGCCCGAGGGGCAGCCUGGCGCUGCGGCCACCGCACCACCGGAGCGCCACCUCGUGUGGGCCGUGACGCUGAUGCGGCACCUGGUGAUCGACUGCCCCGCUGCGCAGGAGCGCCUGACGAGCGCGGGCGUGUUCGCCCUCGUGGAGGCCGCGUGGGGCCUGGCGCUGCGCGACGACAAGCUGCUGUACGAGAUUCUCGCGCUGCUGGCCAACCUGUGGUACGCGUGCCCCGCGGCCGUGCGUGCGGCUGCGGAACUGCACACGCCGGGCCUGCCGCAGGUCAUCUCCUGCGAGCUGCUGGCCUCGCUUGCGUCCUUCGAGGACGGCGCGCGCGCCAUGCUGCGCAGCGCUCAAAUGGCGGGCAUGGUCGAUUUGCUGCUCGACGCUGCGGCGGGGCCGCACGCAGGGGCGUCGCGGGCCGCGCUCCUGUGCCUGCGCAACCUGGCGUUCACCACGGAUGCCAAGGCGCACUUCCUCGCCAGCCCGCGGACCCUGGAGAUCGUCGUCGCCGCUGCGGAGCUGGGCACUGCAGAUCCAGAGUCGAGCGCCUCAGCGGCCGCUGCGCUGUGGGCGCUGGUGUACAACGGCGAGCGCGUCAAGGCGGCCCUGCGGCGCAUGUCGAGCGUGGAGGCGCGAUUGGAGGACACCGCGGGGGCUCUGACUGCGGCGACGUACCUGGCCAAGAGCCGGGAGGACGACGCAGCGCUGCGCACGCUGCCCGGCGCCCUGCGCGAUCAGGACAGCGCAGACGGGAGCGUUCCAGCCAGGUCCCAUGCCGAGGAGGCGGAGCGGUCGCUGCGAGCAGUGCUGGCGCUGAUGAGUCUGACUUCAGUCCCCCCUGACUCUGGGGACGUCGGCACCGGGGCGGCCGGUGCUCUCGCCGUGGCGUAG